AUGGAAAAUGCACCGAAAUGGAUGAGGGCCGCGCAACCAUGGAGUCGCUCCAUGUCGCAGAGGAUCCUCACAACCCUACGCCCCCGACUAACAGUAGGAUACCUGCUAUGGAGUCUCAUUGGGUUGUAUGUCCUCUACUGCAUCCUCAGCCAAUCGCCGCUCCUCGCAUCCAGGUUACCUAGCUACUCGGGGCCCUUUGAGGACGGGACAACGGACAUCGAGGUCCCCGUCCGUACCCCUCGCAAUACAAGCGACUCAGUGCUCGCCAGCAACGGCAAACCUGCGUUCACUCUCGAAACAGUGCUGUUCACCCUGUAUUAUCCAGCAGAGAAGGGUGUAAGGGGAACAAGUCAUCACUACUGGGUUCCCAAACCCAUCAGCCUCACAGCAGAGGGAUAUGCGAGGGCCGCUCACUUCAACAACUUCAUCUCACGGCCAGUCUUUACGUUCGCACUAUGGGCUCUGGUUGGCAGCAUCAGGAUUCCCGCCAAGGUUGAUGUGCCACUUCUUUCCCCGACAAGUGGUAAGGGAGAUGAGGAGUUCCCCGUCAUGGUGUUAUCUCACGGCCUGGCCAGUUCCCGGACGGAUUAUACGCACUACUGCGGCGAACUCGCGAGUCGCGGAAUCGUCGUUGCUGCCAUUGAGCAUCGCGACGGUAGCGGACCCGGUUCGGUUGUUACAGCUAAAGACGGCAAGAAACGGAAUGUCAUGUACCUCACCAAGGACGAGCUCAGGGGCGGCAAGGAGUUGGAGUCUGAUGACUUGAAGUUCCAGCAACUGGCCUUCCGACAAGCUGAAAUUGAAGAGACGAUCGCAGUGUUGCAGUCACUACACGCCGGGAAGGGAUCGACGGUUUUCAGAGACAAUGCCCGCAAAGAAGGCCACAGCUUGGAGGGCUGGCAAGGAAGACUCAACUUCUCUCAGACAGUCAUCGCAGGCCAUUCCUUUGGCGCAACAGGCGCCCUUCAGGCUCUCAAAAGUGCUACAUCAAACGAGAACCCAGCUGUGGGUGGCAUCGCCUUCGACCCAGGAAAGAGCAGCGGCCGGCUCAAUACCGAUAUCGACGUUCCGGUCCUCAUCGUCCACUCCGACUCCUGGUCCAAGAAGAGCACACCGUUCUUCGGCCGGCCGCACUUUGACAGGGUCAGGGACAUUGCGAGAGAUGUACUCAAGCGCGUGGGCUCAAGCUGGUUCCUGACCAGUCUGAAGACGAGUCAUCCCAGCGUGACCGAUGCGCCGCUCAUUGAGCCUUUACUGCUUCGUUGGACCACGGGUGCUACCAUUGAUGCGCGAAAAGGGCUACAGGAGUAUGUCAGGGUGACUAUGCAAUUUAUGGCAUUUUUGAAGAACGGCACGAGAGAGGGCGUCUUGGCGGAAGGGGUGACGCAUGAGGAAUAUGGAAAGGAUACGAUGACUGACGAAGAGAGGGAGAGAAUACCCAAGGAGACGACGAAAUAUUGGCAGAUUCACGUCGCGCCGCCUCGUGAAGUGGAAUGA